AUGCUUGGCGAGAUGAGGGAGGCGAAGUUGGAUCCCGACAUUAUCAGCUACAACGCCGGGAUCAGCGCGUGUGCAAAAGGAAAGCAGUGGCAGUGUGCCUUGUCGUUGCUCAUCGAGAUGAGGGAGGCGAGCUUGGACCCCGAUCUCAUCAGCUACAGCGCUGGGGUCAGCGCGUGCGAGAAAAGCGAGCAGUGGCAGCGGGCCCUUGCGUUGCUCAGUGAGAUGGGGGCGGCCAUGUUGGAGCCCGACGCGAUCUUCAGCUACAGCGCCAGCAUCAGCGCGUGCGAGAAGGGGAAGCAGUGGCAGCGGGCUCUUGUGUUGUUCAGCGAGAUGAGGGACAGGAAGCUGGAUCACAACUCGUCUACAACGCUGGGAUCAGUGCGUGUGGGAAGGGCAAGCAGUGGCAGCAGGCUCUCGGUCUGA